AUGAGAAAGAGCCAAAUGUUAGGGGUAUUGUUGACACGGUCGAGUCAGGCGACGCAAGCGCCCCUCUGGCACCAGCGAGAACUACGGCUGAGCGCCGGCAGGUGGGCGAGGAAGCGGCCGCGCGCGCCGGAAGGCAGUGCGACGGCGGGCUGCGCUGCGCUCGCACCGGCCCCUGCUGCUCAGGAGGGUGAGGAUGAGGCGGACCGCAUGGGCUGGUCGGCGUCGCGCUGCUGCGGCGGCUCCGGGGACGCCGCCACCAACGACGGCUCCGUGCUGGACCGCGUCAUCUCGCAGGCGUCCGGCUGCGACGGCUGCCUCCUCUACCGGCUCGCCGACUACAAGAAGGGCGGCGAGCUCGUCGACGCCUACAACGUGGGCGGCCAGGCCGAGGUGGAGAAGCUGAUCCGAGAGCAGUUCGGCGUGCUGAUGUACGGCGAGGGCCGCGGCCAGGUCAUCAACAGGGCCGAGUACCUGCGCUGGAAGUUCCGCGACCAGAAGGAGGUGGUGCUGCCGAUCGAGGCGUCGCUGUCGGCGCACGACCCGCUGGCGCGCUGGGAGGACCACGAGGCGUGCUGGCAGAUGCAGUACCGCGGCAGCCUGGGCGAGACGCUGCUGCACGUGCUCAUCAUCUGCGACACGCGGCUGCACACGCGCCUCGCGCGCACCCUCAUCAAGUGCUUCCCCAAGCUGGCGGUCGACGUCGUCGAGGGCGAGGACUACCUGGGUGCCAGCGGCCUGCACCUGGCCAUCGCGUACAACAACAACGAGCUGGUGCAGGACCUGGUGGAGGCGGGCGCCAGUGUGUCCCAGCGCGCCAUUGGCAGCUUCUUCCUGCCGCGCGACCAGCAGCGGCCGCGGCCGGCGCGCCACACGGACUACGAGGGCCUGGCCUACUUGGGCGAGUUCCCGCUCGCCUGGGCCGCCUGCUGCGCCAACGAGAGCGUCUACAACCUGCUGCUCGACCACGGCGCCGACCCCGACGCCCAGGACUCCUUCGGCAACAUGAUCCUCCACAUGGUCGUCGUCUGCGACAAGCUGGACAUGUUCGGCUACGCGCUGCGGCACCCCAAGCUGCCGGCGUGCAACGGCAUCGCCAACCGCGCCGGCCUCACACCGCUGACGCUCGCCUGCAAGCUGGGCCGCGCCGAGGUCUUCCGCGAGAUGCUCGAGCUGAGCGCCAGGGAGUUCUGGCGCUACUCCAACAUCACCUGCUCCGCCUACCCGCUCAACGCGCUCGACACGCUGCUGCCCGACGGCCGCACCAAUUGGAAUUCUGCGCUUUUCAUCAUUCUAAAUGGAACAAAAGAAGCGCAUCUGGACAUGCUGGACGGAGGCAUCAUUCAGAGGUUGCUGGAGGAGAAGUGGAAGACAUUUGCUAGGAUGCAGUUCCUGAAGCGGCUGGCGAUCCUGGCGCUGCACCUGCUGUUCCUGAGCACGGCCAUCUACCUGCGCCCCAAGGACCACGACGAGCCGCUGCUCGGGCCCACCGACUGGGGCAGCGUGGCGCGCUACUGUGCAGAGCUGGCCACCGUGGGCGGAGUGCUGUCCUACGUCAUCCUGCAGCAGGGCGAGGAGAUCAAGAACCAGGGGCUGCUCAGCUUCCUCAAGCAGCUGUCGCACGCUCCCGACAAGGCCAUCUUCCUGGCGUCAAACCUGAUGAUCCUGGCGUGCAUCCCGCUGCGCGUCGUGGGCGACAAGCGAACGGAGGAGGCCGUCCUGCAGUUCGCAGUGCCCGGCUCCUGGUUUCUGCUCAUGUUCUUCGCGGGGGCCAUCCGGCUGACUGGUCCGUUCGUGACGAUGGUGUACUCGAUGAUCACCGGUGACAUGUUGACGUUCGGCAUCAUCUACACGGUUGUGCUCUUCGGCUUCUCUCAGUCCUUCUACUUUCUGUACAAGGGCUUCCCCGGUGUGAAGACGUCGCUCUACCACUCCUACCCCACCACCUGGAUGGCGCUCUUCCAGAUCACCAUGGGCGACUAUAACUAUCCAGAACUGAGCCACACGACAUAUCCAACGCUGGCCAAGACAGUGUUCGCCAUUUUCAUGGUGCUGGUGCCCAUCCUGCUGCUCAACAUGCUGAUCGCCAUGAUGGGAAACACGUACGCGCACGUCAUCGAGCAGAGCGAGAAGGAGUGGAUGAAGCAGUGGGCGAAGAUCGUGGUGUCGCUGGAACGCGCGGUGAACCAGGCGGCGGCGCACCAGUACCUGCAGGAGUACAGCAUCUCCCUGGGGCCCAGCGACGACCCCAGCCAGGAGCAGCGCGGCGUCAUGGUCAUCAAGACCAAGAGCAAGACGCGCGCGCGACAACGCAAGGGCGCCGUCAUGAACUGGAAGCGCGUGGGCAAGGUGACGAUCCGCGAGCUGAAGAAGCGCAACAUGACGGGCGACCAGCUGAGGAGGCUCAUGUGGGAGCGCGCCUCCAUCUCGACGCCCAUCCGCGUGCCGGACACGCCGGAUCCGGCAGAGGUGGAGGCUGCGAUGGACAGCCAGGGCAACGCACUGAAGGAGGCGCUGGAGGUAAUAGCGUUCCAGCACGACCUGGACCUGGACCUGAGCGGCGGGCCGCCCUCCACCCCCGGCUCCGCCCCCAGCCUCGCGCCGGCCCCCUCAGCGCAGGCGCCGCCCGCCGCGCCCACAGCCCCCGCCGUGCCGCCCGCCUUCGGCAGAGCCCUGGGCGUGGCCGCGCCGCUGUCCUCACCCGCAGCCGGUGGAGCAGCAGCGGGCGCAGCAGCGCCUCCGGCCGCGGCGCUGCCAGCUGCAGCCAGCAUCGUCUCCAGUGCAGCUGCCGCCGCCGCCGCCUUCGCACCUGCCGCGAACGCCGUGCAGACGCCUCCCAUCGGAUGGGUCAUUCCUCCACCACACCGUAGCAGCAGCAUCGACGCGCCGCCUCCGUGGGAAGGCGACGCGAUGCAGCAGCUGGUGGUGCUGUCUGAGGUGCUGCCCAGCGAUGACCCGCAGCUGGCGGUGAUCGCGCAGCUGGCGUACCAGCAGCAGCUGGACGCCCAGAUGGUGCCGCCCGCCGAGCAGCACCGCUACUGCUGCGCCAGGCGCCUGCACGCGCUCGAGGCCGCCAACGCCUCCGCCCCCAGUCUCGAGCCCAGUGACAGCGACGAAUUUGGAGACGGCGGCGCGAUGCUGGGCCGCGGGUCGCGGGCGCGGAGGGCGCGCUCCGCCAGGUGGCGGCCGCCCACCAGCGCCUCCAACGGCAGCGCGCGGCGGCUGCUCUUCCAGCACCACGGCCGCUCCUCCACCUCCAGCUCCAGCGGCUCCGGCGCGGGACUCGGCAUCAUCAACCCCGCCUUCAUCGCCGAUAACCUCCAAAUGAGUCCUCCAGUGCGGACUCCUGAGAUGGACGCGGAAACUCCCCCGCCCCCUGCAGCCGCGCAGCCGGCGCUUCCCAACGCCCACGCAGCCGUUGGCCGCUUCAGCAUCGACAGGGACAAGACUGCCGCCAGGCCUCGGCCGAAAACCGCCAGAGUCAACAGUGUAAAUUCUUUUGUAUCGAGUCUCAUGUUCUUCAAGAGAACUAGUGAAUUUGAAGGGGCAGGUUUCUUCAAUUCUCCCACAAGCAGCAUCUGUCUUUGCCAAAGACGCACGCUGGUACUGCAGCGAGAGUGUGGUUGCAGGGUGGCGCCGGCGGCAGCGACUCCGUCGCGGCGCGGGACGUCCGCGCAGGCGGCGCCGGUGUCGGUGGCGGUGGCGGCGGAGGAGCGCCGUCUGGAGGAGGCGCCGGACCCGCUGGACGCCUGGAGCACGCGCUCCAUCGCCAACAUGAACACCCUGCUGGCCUGGGACCGCCAGGAGGACGAGAGCCUCUGAGGCCGGCGCUGCCAGCGGCCGCCUGCGACAGCGUGAAACAGUUGCAGCCUUCUCAUCCGCGGUGCAAAACCUGCUGAUGCCUCUUAAUGACGUUCACCCAUCACGAUCCUGCAUGUUCUGUGAACUGCUCCGAGUCAAAUUCCCUAGUGAUGAGCAAUAACAGAUAAGAUUCUGUGGCAGUACUUAUUUAUUCUGUUUAAUUUACUUUUGUUCACCUACUAUAUUGCAUUUCAUCGGGACGUCACGUAAAGUAGCAUUCCAUUCCUAGCCAAUGUCUGUUGUAGUGUAAAUACUAAGAUCUGUGUCAAAUAAACUACAAUAGUUAGUAAUACGACCAACACCAAUAGGCCAGGACGGGGACACCAUUGAAUAUGAAAGUAGAACGAUACCGCAGAUGCUAAGGAAAGACCUGUUGUAAAAUACCCUCUGUUUUCACGUGGCUAAACGAGAUGGCGGCCUGUUAAGAUACUGGACUCCGAUUGGGGAGAUCAACAGUACAAAUUCCCGUCCGGGUAGUCAGAUUUAGAUGAGUUCCCUAAAUUGCGUAAGGCAAGAUGGUUCCUUUGAAAAGACGUGGCCCAUUUCCUUCCCCAUCCUUUCCCAAUACGUGCUGCGUCUCUGAUGACCAUGUCGUCGAUCCUGAUCUUUCUUCCUUCAUAUUACUUGUUGAAUAAAUCAUGAAUCUUAAAUCUAUCCUUUCUUAUCUAAAAUUCAUAAUUAAGGAAUUCGUAGUGAUUUUCGUAGAUCAUCAGAAGGCGUAUUGAUGUAGUUGUCAAACCACAUAUUUUACUACAGAAAAGCGCGCAGACAAUACGAGACAACAACCGAAAGUGAUAGGCCACUCGUGUGCUACUAACAGUGAGCAAGCGUCCUCAGACAAUUUCACGGGUCUGUCAGUCCUUAAAUGAUCACUACCUAUUGACGGCGAAGACAUAGAGUCUGUUGACAAAACAUAUAAAAGUCCAAAUCGAAAUCCUACUCGUAUAACACACCCCUUCUUACAAGCUGGUAAGCGAGCGACUUGGGGCGGGGGGAGUGAAUUUACAUCGGUUUCGUAACACCACCAAACGGUAACGCAGACUCUCUUGCGUUGUUUGGACCCGACAUACGCGACUGAUCGAGAUACCGUGACUCAAAUUCUCAAAUAAUUGUAUUUAACUAUAAAACAACAGCAGUUAUUAACACAACCCCAAAGUAAACUUAAGUCAUCCUAUGUAGCUCUGAAAUUAGAAGAGCGGGUAAGACUAGAACAUGGACUCUCAUCUCUCUUCUUCAACUGCGCUCUAGGGAAUGUUAUUCGCGAGUGGCGCAAAGAACUGUGUGCAGAAUAAUGGAGUUAAAUUAGUGAGUUGACACCCAGCUUUUGCGUGAGUUGAGACCCAGCUUUCACUGUAAUUGACACUGAAUUCUGUGUUACCACUUACAAAUUUCGAUCUGUUGGUGACAGUAGCCGAGACGUUCUCAAUAUGAAAAUAUUUUAAGCGAUCUAGAAUGCUUUUUUCGCAAAAAUCCGUUUUGGGUAUUUGCUUUAUUAAUGAGGAGUCAGAUUAGAUUGUAAGAACAAGAACGUGGCUGUUACAGUUCUUCUUUCACCAAUUAUCUUGUAACUUUUGCUCAAAGUCUCUUCACACAGCUGAUAAAAACAUUGCCCUAAUUCAGAGGGAAGCAACAAAAGUGGAUUUCAUGAUCUCGCUUGAAAAAACAUUCUUCAUUAGAGGGAAUAAGAGAACUAGAGCAGUUCAAAUGCUCCGUUCAACAUUCUGAGACAGUACUUAUUUAUUCUUUCUAAUUUAUUUUUUUUUCGCUCUCUGAGAAAUAUAAACUCAAGGAUCAACAAGGCUGAAAUUGGAUACCACGUUAACUAAAGAUGUUUUUAAAAUACAAUCAGUGUCCAGCAGGGGAAAUCUCAGACAAUGUUGUUUGCAUUUGACCGUAGGCUGUAUAUACAGCAGAGUUUCUCAUAGUACACCUCUGUAUGAUUGAGAAACGUGUGACGUUGGAAAGACAGAAAUGAACCGAUUAGAAGCAUUUGAAAUGUGUUGUCACUGGAGGCUAUCAAAGACCACAUGGAUUGAUCAUAUGAUUAAUGAAGACAUCCUGCAACUGGCUGAUAAAUAACAUAAUGAAACGGCAGGUAGAACAGAUGGGCAUAUAAUAGGACGUGAGCCGUUAGUGAAAACAGAAGCUGAAAAGAUGAUGUAAUUCAUAUUUAACAUUUCAACGUUCUGAGGCAGUACUUAUUUAUUCUUUUUAAUUUAUUUUUGUUCACCUAGUAUAUUGCACUUCAUCAGGACGUCAUGUAAACUAGUAUUCCAUUCCUGUAGUGUCUGGUUCCAAAAUACACUACCAGCAAAAAAAAUAGUACACGCUUUUAGAGGUUUCCAAUUGCUGCAACAGUGCAUAUGGGGUACAUGAAAUGAUUACAUUUACAGAUCAAUGACACCAACGGUUCUGAGUUACCAGGUAUCGACCCACGCUGAAACACCUAAAUUAGUACUUGAUGUAGCCUCCACAGGUGGCAAUACAGGCGCUAAUCCGGCAUCCAGUCGACUUUGCAGAUGCCGAAUACUGUCCUGCGGUGCGUUAUUCCACGCCUCUCAGCCUGUACACGUUGUUCCACGCCUCUCAGCCUGUACACGUUGUUCUGUAACAGUUGUUGGUUGGCGAGUUGCAAGAGUCGCUUCUCGACCCACCAUGUCCCACAUGUGUUCGAUUGGAGACAAGUCCGGAGGUAGCGUUGGCCAGGGAAGUUUCUGCACGUCCUACACAUCAAGUGGAGUUUCACGGGCAGUGUGUGGCGAGAAUUAUCCUGAUGGAACAGUACAUCAACUUCCUGUUGCAAGUUCGGCAACAGAACGGCUCUAACAACAUUCUGUACGUUUCGAGUUCUGGUUAGCGUCCUCUCCAAAAACACCAAAGGAGAAGAAGAUUUGUUGCUCAUCGCAACCCAGACAGUAUGGCCUUGGAUGCGCCCAGCGUAUCUUGGACGAAUGCACGCACUCGAGGUGACAGCGAUCAGCAGGUUUACGCAAUACGCGUGACAACCAUCACUUCGUUCAGGAACAAUUUGCUUUGAUCGCUGAAGAUCAUGGUGAACCAUUCUAUCUUCCAAGUGAUGACACUCUGGUAGUUAUGCCCCUACGCUAUCUCGACGUUGAAACAUUAUCAGUACAUCCCCAGUGGCAUAUGCUGUCAUCUGAUCAAAUUCGACGACGUCUUUCCAGGUCUAUUAAUUUUUUUCCUGGCAGUGAAAAUUCUUUAUAUAACGGAUGCCUUUUUGAGCUAUAUCCCUUCUUUUGAGACUUUCUAUAAGUUUAUGAUGUUGUAUUCUACCAAAGGCGUUUUCAUAAUCAAUAAAAGGAAGGGCUACAUUUUUGACCUGAUCAUAGAAGUUUUACACUAGAACUUGUGAUGCAGUUAUUGCUUCUCUUGUACCUAAGCUUUUUAUAAACUAAUUGUGUUUUACCCGUGAGUUUCUCACAUUUUGCAUGUAACCUUAGAUGGAUGGCUCUCAGAAAUGUUUUUAAGGAAUGGAUCAUAAGGCCAGUGAGCCUAUGAUCUUCACAUUUUCGCGCAUACUCACUUUUCGGUAAGGGGGUGAAAGGUGACAACAGUCAUGGGACUAGAUAAUGAUCUGUGUCGUAAAUUUUGUUAAAAACUUUGUGUAAGGCUCUCAUACCUUCUUCAUCAAGAAUUACUAGUAAAUGUCUUUGUUAAACCGUA